UUCCCCCGACAAAUUUGAACUGCGAACUUGGUCUUUGAAUUUCGUCCAUUGCUCGAUUUUCAGUAAUUUCUGUUGAAAAGUAGUUUUUCUGUGUGGUUUUUGGUUUUAAUUCGUAAAAAAAUGGAGAAAAGGAUUGAGUUAGAAAAGAGAGGUAAAGAUCCUGCACAGAUCAAAGAACUUGUAUUGGACAAUUGCCGGAGUACGUCAAUUGUUGGUUUGACUGAAGAAUUUGUUAAUUUACAAUCCCUUAGCCUGAUAAAUAUUGGUCUGACAAAUCUUAAGGGAUUUCCCAAGCUUCCUAAUUUGGAAAAGCUUGAAUUAAGUGAUAACAGAAUAUCUGGAGGAUUGAAUUAUCUUAGUGGCAGUCAUAAGCUUACAACACUGAACCUUAGUGGAAAUAAAAUUGAAAGUUUAGAAACUUUGGAGCCUUUGAAAGAACUGAAAAAUUUGAAACAUCUUGAUUUGUCUAACUGUGAAGUUUCUUCAGUUGAUAAUUACAGAGAAAAAGUUUUUGCCUUAUUACCUCAGUUAAAAUAUCUCGACGGUUAUGACCAAGAUGAUAAAUCUGAUGAAGAAUAUGAAAAACCAAAUGAUCUAUAUCAAGAAAGUGAUGAAGAUGAAGAGGAAGAUGUAGAAGAGGAGGAGGACGACGAAGAAGAAGAAGUUGGUCUUUCUUAUCUUCAGAAUUCUAUUGAUGAAGAAUCAGAGGGUGAUGAUUAUAACCCCGAUGGUUCAGUUGAAAGUGAUGUUGAUAUUGAAGAUGAUGCAGAUGAGGAAGAAAAGGAUGAUAACCCCAGAGGACAAAAACGAAAAUUGGAGAAUGAUGAUUAAACUGCCAUUUUCAAUUGGUCAUUCAUAACUUGUGUAUAGAUCAUCACCUUGUUGGACAAUUUUAAUUAAUGCAUAUAUUCAUUGUAGAAGUCUUAAUAUCUGAAAUAAUUAUAUUGAAAUACAGGCAACUGUAUAUUUUCUGCAGUUUUGUAAUAAUUUUCAAUUUAUUUUCUGUAUUUUUUCCAGUGUUUGUAAACUUUUAUUCAUCAUAUUUGGUAGUAUGUGAUUUCAGCGUCUUUUGUAAAUUUUUACUCCUUUAGUUCAUAGUUAUGCCUAUAUUUUGUGUUUUGUGUAAAAUAUGCGAUAUGAAUUUUAAUAAAGUAUCUUUCCUAAAUAA